AUGGCACAAAAACACGUUAUGCUCUCCUAUGAAUGGACUGUACAAAAGUUAGUUUCAAAAGUUUAUGAUUAUUUACAGCAAAAGGGGAUACCAUUAUGGAUGGAUAUUAAAUCCGGUGUCUCCUCAGAUGAUCUAUUCAAAUGUAUCGCUGAAGCCAUUGAAAAUACCACUUGCUUCGUUUGUUUUAUGACACCUGAAUACCAAAAUUCGGACUUUUGUAAACAAGAAUUUUUAUACGCGCACAAACGUAAGGUACCAAUCGUACUAUUGAAGUUGGUGGAGAACUGGGAGCCGACAAGUUGGUUAGGUUUCGCAACAGUUGGCCUAGUCUGGCUUGAUUUUUAUCAUAUAGACAAUCUUUCGAAAAAAACUAGUCGAUUAUACAAGCGUAUUUGUCAAAUAACUGGUAAUCAAGUUCAAUCAUCUUCAUCUCAUUAUGUCGAACUGAUCCAGAAAACGCCGUCAUCGCAUUCAUUACAAGUUUAUGAUUCAAAUAGCCCAUAUAAACAACCUGUAAUGGUUAAAAUCAAUAAUAAUUUCAGACAUUCUGCUCAAAAUCUCAACAGAUCUGAUAAACAUAUGAUGAAACAUGAUGAGUCUCAAAUACAAAGACCUCUGGUAGAAAGAUUCGAACAUUUUCAUUUGUCCGACAGACCGACGAUUACCAGAGACACUAGUAUUAAGCAAAACAGACCGUCGACAACAAAACCAUCAAUGCGAAUCUGUUCACAUACGAAUAAUGAGGAUAGUGAUAAAGAUCGUGAUGCUUGCAAAAAAGAAAUCAUGACAACGACAAAUACCACUAUUCCGUUAGAAGCAGAACCUGCUCUUUCAGGUGAACAAGCCGCAGGAACACCUAAUCCUGGUGCUAAAGUCAAAGGAGCGGGUGCAGUUUUAGCUAAAGUUGGAAGCUCACCUGUGUUUUUAGCUAUUAGUAUCAUACUUUUAUCGAUUAUACCGAUUAUACAAAUAUAUAUUGGUUGGACGUACGCCGAGGCGUGUCCAAUUAAUUACAAAAUUCCACGAUAUCUCUUUAUCGCUGGUCUUGUUGGCAUUAUUUCUUCGAUACUAAGUCAAAUUCGGAAUUAUCUGUCAGGGAAAUCACCAGCGGAAUCAUCCGGAGAAUUGUCUACUCGCAAAGCUGGUAUUACUGCAGCAACUGCUACAAAUAGUCCACUAGCUAAACUUAUCACUCUGAUUACGUGUUGUCUCAAUAUCUUUCUGUUGGUCUGGUUUGUUCUUGGCUGUAUAUGGGUAUUUAGUGCUUGGAAUCAAGUUCAGUAUACUCAUCCCCGCACAACAACAUUUUGCAAGCCAUUAGUCUAUCGAUUUGCUGCAGUUUCUCUAUUCAUUCCCAUCAUACUCUUAUCUCUCUGUUGUUUUUGUCCACUAUGCAUAGCGUCAACGGCGCUUAUGGACAUGGCAGCGCAAAAUGCUUAG